AUGUCUCACAGGCUGACCAAAGAGGAGUUGGAUGAACAGUUUGAACUGUUCAUGAAGGAGUCUGUUUCAGAUGACUCUGUGGAUUUGGGAGGCUCUGACAAACAGUCAGGUGUCAAAAGUAGUCCGAAAUUAUCCCGGAAAACAACAGUGUCAUGGUGGCAAGAUGACGAACACAGUGAUGGAGCAACAGGAAGAGCGUCAGCACCAGCUGUGACCAACAUGGGGAUGGAUACUCUGGAGGAAGAAGAGGAGAAAGCCAGGUUCUUUGCCCAACUAGAAGCCGGAGCUUUAUCAACUAUAGAUUACUCCCAACUGAACAGAGAGCUAGACUCAUCUACUUCUACCAUGGCUAGUAACCUCAGGAAAGCUGAGGAAUCAGUGGAGCAGAGUCAAGAUGAUCAAAGGAGAGGCAGACUCACAGAGACUGUUAGAGACUCUCCAGGCUCUCCACACUACAGUGAGGAUUUUGAAGAAGAGGAGAAUGAAAAAGAGAAGUCUAAAAUGUCUCCAAUUCUUGCUAAAGUUUCUCUGUAUGAUUCCCUGGAUGACACCGGUGGAGAAGACAUGAGGAAAGACACAGCAGUAUCAGUGGAAAGAGGUCAGUCUUACGUACAGAGUGGAGGCUCAGAGAUGGAAGCUCUUCAUGACGCCUACAGACAGAUCCAUGUUGUGGAGGAUUCAGACGAUCAUCAUUCAUUGGAGGGAAGGGGAAGGCUCAAUAGACCUAUAUCUCCAUCCUCUCCUCCUCACUAUGCCAGACAGUCCCUACAGCCUGCUUCUACCAAUGAGUCAGAGCUGCCCACUGCAGAAGAGCUGAUGAGGCCCAUCCGACCAGAGACGGACCAUACCAGAGGUUUCUCCCUGCAGCCUGUCAGGUCAGACUCACUAAAUAGGCAACCAGGGCGUGCUGACUCUGUAGGGUCAAAGGCAGCCAGGGGAUUGACGAGCCACCCAUCUAUCUCCCCGGAUCAUCUCAACCGGGACUUGACAUGGAGCAUCAGGGAGGAAGUGGAGAGACUGAUGAGCGAUCAGACCACUUUUGCUCCUCACUCAUCCUCUCAGACUGGCAAAGCUAAGAAACAACCAGCUUCCCGUGGCUCCACCAUUUCUCAUACUACUACAUCUUCAUGGAGGAAACCAUCUGUGUCUGCUGUGAGAGGCAGGAGAGUGGAGGGUAGAGCAGCUGUGACCUCCAGAUCGACCGGGCUGAACAGAGCUGCUGCUACAGCCAAGUCCCAGUCUACUGUUUCUCAUUCUCAACAACAGCCACGAGAAAAAGCCAAACCCACAAUGAGCCAGGAAAAAGAUGACAGCAACUACACAGAGACGGGUCAGAGGGUGAGCAGUGAGCUGGUGGCAUCUGUCCAGUCUUUAGUGACAGUCCUUCAACAGCAGAUAGACAUUAGCGGCCGCCAGGAUGCUGCAGAAUCACAGGAAGUCAGAAGUUCUCAAGAAACCAGACUGACACAACAUCUCCUGAGGAAGAGCAAGGAAGAGGACAGCUCUGUGGUGGAGGAGCUCAGAGUCCAGCUGGCCCAGAAAGAGAGAGAACUGGAGAGGAUGAAGCAAGAAGCAGAAGAGCUCCACUCACUCAGACAGCACAAUUACCUGCUGCAGAGCAAGCUGCACAGUGCAGAAGAAGCCAAUCAGAAGAGGAGACUGACAGAAGCCAGUGACUCUGCUACAGAGAAAAAACUCCAACAGAUUGAUAAAGAAAUAAAAGAGCAGGAGACGCUCAUCAAAGGUUACCAACAGGAGAAUGAGAAGCUAUACUUGCAGAUGAAGGCUCAGCAGGUCAGGAGUAAAGUCAAUGAGGAGGCCAUGUUUAAUGAAAACCAGAGGCUGCUGAACGAGCUGGCUUUCACAAGAGAGCAGCUGAAUAAAAGUUCAAGGCCUGUGGGAAACGUGUGCUCAAUGGAUCACACUCAGCGCAUCACUGACUUGUUGGCUCAAAUAAAUACAUUUCAGAGGAAUGAGGCGAAGCUGUCUGAGGACAUGCACAGGCUGAAGCAGGAGAAGCAGGCUCUGGAGGUGGACAUGCAGCUGAUGAAGAAAGAGAGAGACCUCGCUAAAGCACAGGCCAUCAAUAGCUCAGGUGAUAAGACGUUUGAGCUGCGCGUUCUGGAGGAAAAGCACAGAGAGGAGGUGUCGGCCCUGAAGAAGAAGCUGCAGUGGUUUGCAGAGAACCAGGAGCUUCUGGACAGAGAUGCAGGCAGACUGAAGGCAGCUACAGCUGAGAUACACCAGCUGAGAGAACAGGUGGAAAAGCUGAAAACAGAAGUUGGCAGAAGAAGCAGUGAGCAGCAGAGAAAAGCCAAAGACAAAUCUAUGGAGAGUAAAAGGAUGCAGGACCUGGAGCGACAGGUGAAGGAGCUGGAACAGAUACUAAGACGCAGAAACCCAAACUCGCUGCCCGCUCUGAUCUACGCAGCAGCCACGGCCGGGAGCCAGGAAGACGCCGACGCUGCGAGGACACCUGACCGCAUCAACGCACUGCUGGAGCGCAGGAUCCAACGCCUGGAGGCGGAGCUGGAGAGCCAUGAUGAGGAGGCCAAACGCUGCCUGAGAGCCAUGGAGCAACAGUUCCACAGGAUCAAACUGCGCUAUGAGCAGCAGAUCUCAGAUCUGGAGCAGAGGGCGGAGCAGCGGGCGGAGCAACGGGCGGAGCAGCAGGUGGAACAGAGGGAGCAGCUCACAGCAGCAGUUUCAACAUGUGGUACUGAGCCGUGGGCGUCACAGGUGAGAGGACUGGAGGAGGAGCUGCAGCGUGUGAAGGAAGGCCAGCAGCAGAAAGAGAAAUCCCUGCAGGACCAGAUCGAGUGUCUGCAGGAGCAGCUCAAACACAAGGCUCAGCCCAGCCCUGGCCGACACCAGCGCCAAGCAGAGGCAGCGACUGGUGCGCGGUUAGAGCGGCUCAACCAGGAGCUUACCGCCAAGACACAAACCAUCCAGGAGCUGAACCGCACAGUACAGAGACUGCAGAGAGAGAGGAGGAACAUGCUGUCUGUCCCCAACACACGACACCAAGCUCGUCCUACAGAGACCAAACAACAACCACCAGCCCAGACCAAGACCCUCUGCCCCUCUGCUGCAGGAGAUGAAACCUUUCCUGCUGCUCACUAUGAGAAGACCUACCAGCCCACUGUGUUCACAGGGUGUCAUAUCUCAGAGGUCCUACAGGAGAACGAGGCUCUAAUGGAGCGCCUGGAGCUGUUGGAGCUGCACGGUGAGCAGGAGAAGAAGGCGUUGAAGUCGGAAGUUAAACAAGCUGAAGAGGAAGUGAGCAGGCUGAAGCAGCAGUUAUCAGAGCAGCUGUCCUCUCUGAAGGCAGAGCACCUCGGGGUGUUGGAGCGUCUGCAAGCCACACAAGCACUGGAGCACUCGUCCUCAAAGGUGGCUCAGCUCACUAACGAGCUCAACACUCAGGAGAUUAUGGUGAAGCAUCUGCAGGAGCAGCUGAAGGAGCUGCAGGGUGUCAGAGAGGCUCUGACUGUGUCCAGGACGAGAGAGGACGCUCUGCAGAAACAGCUGAGCAGGCUGCUGAAGGAUCUGAAGGAAGCUAAAGAAGCUCAGAGCCCAGAGGUGAGACUGGUGUGCAGCCUGGAGAGGAAGAUCCUCAACAUGGAGCUCAGACACCAGCACAGAGAGAAAGAGCUGCAGCAGGUGAUUGGAGGCUCAUGGACGAUGCCGGAGGCUGAGCAGCAGUCAGAGGUGGAGCGCUGGAAGCGUCUGGCUCAGGACAAAAGCAGAGAGCUGGAAGCUUUCCGCCUGGAGCUGGACUCUAUCCUGGACAUCCUGAAACAUCUCCAAAGGCAGGGAGUGGUCCUCACACCACCAACAUAACCCCCCCAUCCAAAAGACUUCAUGCACACAUCACAAGCUUGUGGUGUAAAGCUAAAUAAUGACUAGAGGAGCAAUAAUCAAUAUCUGAGCAAUAUAAGGGCUUCUCAUAGACAGCCAGAAUGAGAUCAGCAGCUGCUGUAACAUCAGCAGUAUUUAGUGUUUACAUGCAAGAAGCUCCAAUAUGUCUGAAUGUUUUUCUUAAGAUUCAAACACAGAAACACUGUUCAUGUCUUUAUACACAUACCCUAACUGUUGUUAUUUAAAUUAUUGUAAUUUAUUGAAGCUAUAGUAAAAAUAAAUGUUUUUCCAAGUCUUAACUGAUGAAUUGUGACAUUUACCACAA